UUUAUUUAUUUAAAUGUUUAUUCAUUUUUGAGAGAGAGAGAGAGAGAGAGAGCAUGAGAGGGGGAAGGGCAGAGAGAGGGGGACAGAGGAUCCAAAGUGGGCUCUGCACUGACAGCAGCAAGCCUGAGGCGGUGCUCGAACUCAUGAAUUGUGAGAUCAUGACUUGAGCUGAAGUCAGAUGCUCAUCUGACCAUGCCACCCAGCUGCCCCUCAAGUAUGUUUUUAAAAUUUUUAUACUUAUUCUUCCUUUUCAGAAUUCUUAUUAGGGUUUUCAUGCCAUGGCACAUAUCCAGUGACCUCACUCUCUUGCAGUUUGCAUCUUAUCUCCCAAGAUCUUUCUUGAAACAGUUAAGUAAUUAAUAUAUAUUUGAUAUCAUUAAUCUUUGAAUAGAGGGAAGGAGAAAGAUCAUCUCUCUCUUUACAUGGUUGACUAGCACUUAAAAACCUGAUCUUAAUCUUAAUUCUCCAAGAUACAUGAAUAAUGCUUUUACUAUGAGUUGAUACAAUCUAUUUCCUCUAUAAUUACUUAUUAGAGUAGACAUCAUCUUAAAGGCCAGGAAGUGUCUGGUUUCUGGAUUCUCUAGAACCUUUCCCAGGCUACCACAUCUGGCACAGAAUUAGCACUUUAGUUGAAGUUUGAAUAAAUGAAUGAAAUGAACAAAGGAACAUGUAAAGCUUUGAGGAAAAGUAGCAUAUUUUAGUCAUGGGUUCAAGAUGGUUAAUAAAUUAUAAUAUAAAAAAGAGCAGAAUUUGGAGUACCUGCCUGGCUCAGUCAGUAGAGCAUGCGACCUUGAUCUCAGGGUCAUGAAUUCAAGCCCCACAUUGGGAGUAGAGUUUACUAUAAAAAAAAACAAAAAAAAAAACACAACAACUUUUGGCUUACUUUGUGAUUUAAAAAUAUUUUUUAUUAGACUUUUUAAAAAGUUUACUUGUUUAUUUUGAGAGAGAGAGAGUGCAUGCAAGUAAGGGAGGAGCAAAGAGAGAGAGAGGGAGAAAGAGAAUCCCAAGCAGGAUCCAUACUGUCAGCAUAGAGCUGGACACAGGGUUUAAUGUCGUCACUCAUGAACCAAGAGAUCAUGACCUAAGCUGAAGUUCAGUCAGACGUUUAACCGACUGAACCACCCAGGUAUCCCUAGACUUUGUUUUUGAGAGCAGUUUUAAAUUCACAGCAAACUUGAGUGGAAAGUACAGAGAUUUCCUGUAUACCCCCUAUCCCACACAUGGAUGACCUCCUUAGAGUGGGAGAGAGCCAAAGCAUAAGAGACUGUUAAAAACUGAGAACAAACUGAGGGUUGAUGGGGGGUGGGAGGGAGGGGAGGGUGGGUGAUGGGUAUUGAGGAGGGCACCUUUUGGGAUGAGCACUGGGUGUUGUAUGGAAACCAAUUUGACAAUAAAUUUCAUAUAUUAAAAAAAAAAAUUAUCAACAUCCUGCACCAGAGUGGUACAUUUCUUACAGUUGAUGAACCUGUGUUGAUGCAUCAUUAUCACCCAAAGCCCGCAUUUUACAUUAGAGUUCACUUGGUGUGGUACAUUUGAUCAUUUGAACAACUAUAUAAUGACAUGCAUCCACCAUUAUAAUUUCAUACAGAGUAGUCUCACUGCCCUAAAAAUCCUCUGUGGUCUGCCUAUUCGUCCCUCCCCCUAACGUAACCCCUGGCAAUUGCUAAUCUUUUUAUUGUCUUCAUAGUUUUACCUUUUCCAGAAUGUCAUAUGGUUGGAAUUGUAUAACGUGUAAUCUUUUCAGAUUAGCUUCUGAACAUAGUUAUAUACAUUGAAGUUUUUUCCAUGUCUUAGUUCAUUUCUUGUUAGCACUGAAUAAUAUUCUGUUGUCUGGAUGUACCACGGUUUAUUUCUUCAUUCACUUACUGAAGGACAUCUUGUUUUUUCCAAGUUUGGAUUUAUAAAUAAGCUGCUAUAAGCAUUUGUAUGCAGAUUUUUGUGUGGACAUAGUUUUCAACUUCUUUGGGUAUAAUACCAAGGAGUGUGAUUGUUGGAUUGUGUGGUAAGAAUAUGUUGAGUUUGGUAAGAAGCUGUCAAAUUGUCUUUCAAAGUGGCUGUACCAUUUUGCAUUCCUCCCAGCAAUGAGUGAGAGUUCCUGCUUGCUGCUGGCCAGCAUUUAUUUGGUGGUGUCAGCGUUCCAGAUUAUGACCAUUUUAAUAGGUAUGUAGUGGUAUCUCGUUGUUUUCAUUGGCAUUUCCCUGAUGACAUAUGAUACGAUUAGAGCAUGUUUUUAUAUUCUUACUUGCCAUCUGUAUAUCUUCUUUAGUGAGGUGUCUUUUAGAGCUUUAGCCCAUUUUCAAUUGAGUUGUUUUUGUUUUCUGUUUAUUUACUUGUCUAUUUUACUAUUGAGCUGUGAGAGUUUGUGUGUGUGUGCAUGUGUGUGUGUGUAUUUUAAAUGACAGUUUCCUUUAUCAGAUAUAUCUUUGCUAAUAUUUUCUUCCAGUCUGUGGCUUGUGUUUUCAUUUCCUUGAAAUUACUUAUUUUAAUUUGGUUGAUUUUUGAAUAUGGGGUAUAGUUGCAAUGUAGAAAAUUUUAAAAGUGUUGUGUUUGUUUCCUUAGGUUGCCAUAACAAAGUACCGCUGUAGGUGGUUUUAAACAACAGGAACUCAUUGUCUUUAAGUCCUGGACGCUACAAGUCUGCAAACAAGGUUGUUGGUAGGGCCAUGGUCUCUCUGAAGGCUCUAGGAAAGAAUCCUUCCUUGCCUCUUCUAGCUUCUGUUGGUUAGGGGAAAUUCUGGUUUGCAACUCUAUUUCUCUGUCUGCUUCUGUCAUCAUUGGUGUUCUCCGUGUGCCCCUCUAUGUCUGCAUCCAAUUUUCUCUCUUCUUUUAAGGACAUUAGUUAUUGGAAUAUGGCCCACCCUAAUCUACCAUGACCUCUUUUCUACUUGGUUAUAUUUGCAAAGACCCAAUUUCCAAAUAAAGUCACAUUUUAUAAGUAUGGGGAGAGAGGUGUUGCGACUUGAAUAGAUUUCUUCUUGGGGACACAGUUCUACCUACUACAGAUAUAAAAGUGUGUAAAUGAAAAAUUUCUCACCUGUAUCCCCAAGUCACCUAGUUACACUCCUGAGAGGCACAUAUUAUUUGAGUUUAUUUUAAAUAACUGCAACUAGUCUAAAAAUGGCUUAAUGGAGGAAAGUCUCAUUUUCUCCUAGAAGAAUCAGUCUUAUUCUCAUCUUUUUCAUUCAUCAAAACUUCGUGAUUUUUAGUCAUCACAUUUAUCCCAUGUCCUUGGCUGAGUUCAGGGAUGGGGGAAAAAAAGGUGAAAUGUUCAAGUAGAAACUAAAUAUAGUGAACCUAUAUUAAUCAUUGAGUGAAACAUAUUCUGUAUCCAUCCAUGUGACUCCCUCAUUAAAUGUCAGACAUUGUGUGGGUAGCACUUAAUCACUCACUUGCUGGCACAAAGUAGACUGUUGCUAGUUUUAAAUCCUAGUAACAUUAAAUCCUAUAGUAUUUGGUUAUGAUAGUUCUUAUUUAGAUGCAUGUUAUUAAGUGUUUUGAAAUGAAUUUGUUGUUAUGUAUAUAUUGUGAAAAUGAUGUUAUUAAAAUAAAACUCUUUGAGGCAUGCUGUAUUGAGUUAGAUGAAACCUAUGAAGGAUAGUUCUGUUCUUUGAUACUUAAAAUAAGUGCCAAUAUCUUAUGCCUCUAAAAAUAUGAAAUAUAUAUACAAAAACAUAUAUAAUGCUGCAUAGUAGCUUAUUAAAUGAUGUGCAAAGUCGUGCAGUAAGUAACCAAUAUUUUUAACUUUGUUUAGCAUACAGUUUCCCAUAAAGCUCUUUCUAAAACAUGAUUUACAUCUCUCAUUACUAUUGUUUCCAAGAAUAUAUUUGGAGGAAUGAAGGUCUACAAGCAGAAGGUAGAAUUAACACAUGGAGUCAGAAGCCAAGCAAUGAGGCAGGGCAGAUAGGUAGAACUUUUAUGUGUCCUGUCUCCAAUAGAUUGUGACUUACGGUCUUUUUGUUGCCAUGGGAACCAUUGACUUGCUGUCUGAGAGUUGGAGGGAAUGGAGGAUAACGGCAAAACCCUGGGUUUGGGGGUUGGACAGAUCUGGUGUAAAUCUCACUACUGCCACUUACUAGUUAAGUGACCUUUGGCAAGUUGCUACAUUUUUCUAGGCCUAAAUUUCUUCAUGUAUAUGGGGAGAAAAACACAGUUCCCAUCCCUAAUGGAUUUACCAUCUAAUUGGAGGGUGAGGUUAGAACCUGUGGUUAUAUAAUAAGAAUUUGAUUCUUGCUUUAAGAGAUACUCACAGUGGUUGGGGGGUUUAAAAGCAGGUAGAAGCCAGCCAGUUGGAAAACCAGAAAAGGCUUCAUGGGGGAACUGGUGUUUAGGUAGGUAGAUGUACCUGGUUUAGUAAGACUAACAUUUGGAGACCUAGUAGGGGGAGCAUUCCAGGCAGAGCAAAAACAAAAGCAAUGGUGUGGAGAUGGGAAAGGAAAGGCAUUUGAGAUAUAACAAGUGGUCUUAUUUCUUUAGAGACAGUUGAGAUUAAACAGACAUUAUAACUUUGUGCCCUCUGUGCUGUCAGGGACCCAGUGGUACAAAUGGUUUUAGUAGUGCUAAUGGUGGCUUUUGAGCAGACUAAUGCAUUUAAUAACUACUAUGACACCAUUACCAAGUAAAUAACCUUGUACUUGAAUAAUAUUUAGCUUUUACUGGACGUUCUUAAAAAUGUGGUCACUGUACUAAAGUGCCAGUACACACAUCUUCUGACACAGAGCCCCCAUACAAUGGAAUAGGGACAUUUUCAUAAAUAUUUCAGGAUUUCUAAAUUAUUUCCCCAAGUUAGUGUUGAGGAAAAGCUUCAUUGAUGAAUAAGAUUUUAAUAUCAUUGAAUAAGGUUUAACAGUUUUCUUUAUUCCUAAACUUCUCAGAGUUUAUUGUGCUAAUGUGCAGCGUGAGCCCCAUGAAGGGAGAUUUAGUGUGUGUCACUUCCCGAGCUUAUUGGACCUCCGAAUCCUUUGUUCCUUGACUUAAUAUUAAUAUCUCCCCAAAGAUGUUGUCUUUCAGUCAUCAGGGUCAGUAUUCUUACACCUGUCGAGCUUUUUCAAAGGCAGACAUACUUAUCCUUUUCCUUACUCAUGCCCUUUUCCAGUGUAACAGAUUUGCAGUGGGGCAGGACUGGGACAGGUGCUCAGAAGGUUAGGAACAAUGUGGGCUCCUUGAUGAUUCUGAUAUCUCACGUCCAUUCUUCCAACCUCCUACUUCCUGUCUCCACCCCAUCUUUGACUUGACCUAAGGUAUAAAUUAUUCUGUCAGUGGCGUGAACAGUUAAGGCUCAAGCCCUAAUUGCUAAACUUUUGCAAGAGAAACCUUAUUAAAAACUCAUGAAGAAAAGUAUAAAUAUGAACAUGAACAUGUAAGCAAAGGCUAAAUAGGUUAUAGAUCACCUCUAGAAUAGCAGCAGAUAAUGUACCAGGACUAUUAUCAUGCAAAGGGAGUACAUUUUAGAAUUUACAAGUUUAUUUCUAAGCCUAAUUUACUUUUAUAUGAAUAUUUUAAACCCACAUUAAUGUAUCUUCAAACAAUACAAUAUAUAGGAAACUUUCUGCUAAAGAUUGAGGUUUGAUAUUUUGAAAAUUCAAUAAAACAAACACAUAAUUUGGCUCAGAAGUAUCAAGGAUGUGCUGUGCAACUGAUACUACUUCUCUUUGUACAUUUCUUUCUUUUUUUUUUUUUAAGUUUAUUAUUUAUUUUGAGAGAGAGAGAGCGAGCCAGAGAAGGGCAGAGAGAGAGGGAGAGAGGAUCCCAAGCUGGCUCUGUGCUGGCUGCACUGAGCCUGAUGUGGGGCUCCAGCUCACGAACUGAGAGAUCAUGACCUGAGAUGGAGCCAAGAGUCAGAUGCUUAACCGACUGAGCCACCCAGUCACUGCAGCACAUUUAUUUUGAUUCUUAGAUUCUUAGCACUUUUGUAAGAGGUCAGAAAAAAGUUAAAAUUCAGAUUUUUGCUAUAUGUUAUCAUUUGUGGAAAUUGGAGGGAGUUUAUAAUUGCUUAUUAGAUUCCUGUAAUUCAUUGAUAGUAGGGAUCAAUCAUUUCAGUAAAAAUCAUUAUUCUUUUGGCUGCAUAACUGCUUAUUUUUUUAAUCUAUGUGUUUAGUUUUUUGACAAAGAUCUGCAUGAUAGUUUUUUCUUAAUAGUUCUCAGGUAGAAGUGUGUGUGUGUGUGUGUGUGUGUGUGUGUGUGUAUGUAUGUACAAAAUUGUAUACAUAAUGUAGUAUCAUGUAGUAAACCCAUAAAGACUGUCCUCAGUGAUUCUCGGAAGCAAGAUGUCUUUACUUCUUGAUCAAGUACCUCAGAAUAUACUGAACUUGCUUUCCUUACAUCAUCAAAAUGCAUAUGCUUCCUAUUGGAAAUGAUAAUAUCUCUCCUUUUUAUGAUGGAUAAGAAUUUUCUGUAUAUAGAAUGCAGGGAACCAAUAGAGGAAAGUGCCUAAAGGAAUGUGUAUAAGUUGCCAAAAUUUAUACCUCCUGAGAUGUUUCUAAGAGCAUCAUAAAUAGCAUACAGUGAAUGCCUUCCCUCCAGCUGAGCUUUUGAAAUAGCUCACUCAGCACUUUUGUUAAAUAAUAUCCCUGGGACAUGAACCGAAUAGCAUUUCCUGUUCAGUCUCAUCUGUCAUUUUCCUGAUUCCACAAACCAGUCUCCAGAUGUCAAAAUAUAAAGGUGAAAGUGAGUGAAAUUGUUUUUAUUUACAGAGCCCCCUAAAUCAAACCAGGAUUAUCUCCUGCCACCAUGACCCUAUGAAAUUCUAAACCAUCUUUAACCUUCAUUGUAGUUUAAAACAAUAUACUAUACUUGGAGACCAUUUUAGCUGAGUUGUAUAAUCUGCUGUUAUAAAUUCUGCCAGAGUAAAAUUAUCAUGAGCCUGGGAUAAUCCUUGUAAAACAUGCUUGUAGGACCUUUGUAACUACUACACUGAAACUCUAUUGCUACUUAAUAUCUCCAGCAUUGCAAGAAAGAGAUAGACUAUUGGUUUCUGUUUCUCUUGCAAGUACUUAUGAGUGUGGCUUCAAGGUGUGGAGGAAACAUGAAGCGAAAAUGCACUGUGAAACACCAAAGUGCUGUACUGCAGCAGAAUAUGUAAAAUCGCGACUCCCAGAGGCCCUCAAACAGCAUCUUCAGGACUACGAGAAGGACAAAGAAAAUAGUGUUUUGUCGUACCAGACCAUCCUUGAACAGCAGAUUCUGUCAAUUGACAGAGAAAUGCUAGAAAAAUUGACUGUAUCCUACGAUGAAGCAGGUACAACGUGUUUGAUUGCUCUGCUAUCAGAUAAGGACCUCACCGUGGCCAACGUGGGUGACUCAAGAGGGGUCCUGUGUGACAAGGAUGGGAACGCCAUUCCUUUGUCUCAUGAUCAUAAGCCUUACCAACUGAAAGAAAGAAAGAGGAUAAAGAGAGCUGGUGGUUUUAUCAGUUUCAAUGGCUCCUGGAGGGUCCAGGGAAUCCUGGCCAUGUCUCGAUCCCUGGGGGAUUAUCCGCUGAAAAAUCUCAAUGUGGUCAUCCCAGACCCAGAUAUCCUGACCUUUGACCUGGACAAGCUCCAGCCCGAGUUCAUGAUCUUGGCAUCAGAUGGCCUCUGGGAUGCUUUCAGCAAUGAAGAAGCUGUUCGAUUCAUCAAGGAGCGCUUGGAUGAACCUCAUUUUGGGGCUAAGAGCAUAGUUUUACAGUCAUUUUACAGAGGCUGCCCUGACAAUAUAACAGUCAUGGUGGUGAAGUUCAGGAAUAGCAGCAAAACAGAAGAGCAGUGAACCCCUCAGGGUUUCGUCUGCCUUAGACUAAAGGACUUUCAACACA